AUAUUCCCACAUGUGAAGAAACAGGAAGUGCAUCGUUCAAAAACCAAAUUGACCUAAUUUCAUUCCUACUUGCCCCAAUCCUAGUUCUCUACUCACUCAUUCUCUCUCUCGCAAUGAUGCCACAGAUGACAACACCGACGUGGGUAGAACCCCCUUCGGUGUCCAAGAACACAGAGGUCAAGGUUUUAGAGCCAGCUUCAUCAAACGAUGCAAUUGCAAAACCAAGAAUCAUUUUACAGACCACCAGUGAAGUUGAUCUUUUGGAUGAUGGCGAAAGUAUGGCUAGAAAGUUGUUAAAGGAAAUCCUUAUCCAAGGGGCCUUACCUGGAACUAUUGAAGGGUUACUUCUAUGGUGGGAUAAGGAGAUGCUCAGCAGUAAGGAGAGAAAGAUUUGGAGGGGCAUACCUCUAGUUGUGUUGUGGUCGCUAUGGAAGCUUCGGAAUGAUGUUGUGUUCAAUGCAUCAGUCCCUAAUGUGGCCGAGUUAUGUGAAGUGAUAAAAGUUAGAAUUGCAUUGUGGUGGAGACCAUUUUACUCAGAGCAUAGUUUUACAAUUCAGGAUUUUGUGCAUAAUCUUAGGGCAAGUGAGAAGGUGUAUUGCAGGAAAAAAGGUGUAAGGUGUUUGAACUGUAUUCUUUGUCUUUGUUGCUGUGUUUUGUCUAGCUUCUAUUAAUCUAGUUGGAUCCUCUCCAGCUGGGUCUUUAUUGAUGUUAUCUGUUGUAAUUGUGAUGUGUUUUGAUCUUCAAUAAAGUUUUUUCGCUGUU